UGUGAGUGCCGCUAUGCCGCUAUGCGGACGCUGCAUGAACGCGUGGCUGUUGGAUCUCAAUGGGUGAGUCUAGCGAGCUGUGAUGUUUCGCUUGCCAGCCUUGGCACUGGGUGCUUUCUGUGUUUCGGGUCUUUCGGACCUGGAGAUUGCAGAGCGAAUCAAAGCUGUCAAUGCUGUCCUGAAGUGUGAGACCAGGGAGUGGGAUCACCUUCCAGGCGCCAGUCAUGGUGACUUUACCUGGGGGAAAUUAAACGCGGCUCUGCGGUAUGCCCACAAGCCUUCAGGUGACCUCGAAGAUGUGUUGAAUCUGAGCCGUGCAGCCUUCGAUUUGAUGGAGCCCAAAGCCGUGGAGAAGAUUCGCUGGGUGGAGGUGAGAUUGAUGGCACCCGACAGGAGGUCAAAGGAAACACAGGCGCGUUUUCUGCAACUCUAUUUGGCGGAAUUGGAAAGGUAUGGUCUUGAGAAGAAGCAAUUGGAUCGUGUGGAGAAUUCACUUCUGGAUCCAGGUGAACUGAAGGGUCAACUCACGGACUUUUGUAUCUUUCCCUACCUGGCUGCAGUGAUAUUUUUGGUGAAACAUGACGCCGGUGAAAGGCAAAAAUACCUGGAUCACUUGUGCCAGUUGCUGGAUGCUGGUGGAAUUCAUUGGAUUGUGCUGCUUCUUUGGGCUCAUGUUCGGCUGAUGAGUCCAAGUGAGGCCAUUCGCACCUUGGAAGAGCACGGGGUCAUGAAAUGUUCGCUGCAAAUGGUGCCUCGACCAAGGCCACCCAAGGCCGCUCCAAGCUUUGAAGCCUCGACUCUGAGAAGUGGCCGCGCCUUAAGGGUGGUCUUGUGGUCCGGACAUGGCUUCGCAUGGGAUUCCUUGAUGGCCAGCCACGAGGCUGCAGUGCAAGAAGGCAUGAAGUGGCAAGGGCUCAUCUUGGGAUUCGCUUUAGCAGAAAAGCACAAAGUUGCGAGAGAGAACUGCCAGAAAAUUGGCAUCCACCUGGGGACAGACGCCUUGUGCCAGCACAGCCGAACUCUGGGGCCAUUGCUGGAACUGGUGGCUGGGGAGGGCUUGGGAACCGAGACAGGCCUUUCGGUGCAUCAAGCGAAGAGGAUGCUGGAUGCUGCUCGUGCAGAGUUUCCGAUGCUGAAGAUGGCUGACUUGGUGAUCUGCAGCUAUCCUUAUGUUCUAUGCCCCUUUCUUGGAACAUACGAAGGCUUCAAGGACACUGCCAUGCUGACAGUGGUGAAAGGUGCGGGCUCCAUGGCGGAGUAUGCUCACGCAUCCCUGGUUCCCUGGAUCCUGGGCAUCUACAAGCGUUGGAUGACUGCAACAGACUCGGGCGUUGGUACCCCACGGAAAGUGGUUUGCGCUGAUGCUAUCGAUCCUGCCAUCGUGCAAGCAACCUUCGGGGACCACGUGUCUCCACAAUUGGUUGACUUCGGGGCUCGCUAUGUCUUGCACCUGGCUGGUGGGGUCCAAUGUGACCUUAGGGCCAAGACCAAGACUCUGCUGGUGUGGCGUCUUUUCUCCAUCUUUCCCGGCCUCGAUGCCAUGGCCAUGAACACCAUCCUGAGCGGUUUCCAAAAUGCGCCACCUCCGCCUUGGAAAGUGGAACUUAUGCAAGACACGAUUGAGUUCACCUACAAGGAUUUGCAGGACGCGUCAGCCAUUUUGCAGGUGCCAUGGGACUGGGCACUGGUUUCAUUCAUGGAAUUUCUGGCUCUUGGGAUUCCGUUGAUUCUGCCCAACAGGGACUACAUGCAUUCGUUGAUCACCACGGUGUAUUGGUCCCGUCUGGCCAAUCGCAGUGUUUGGAGUCUGUCCUGGAAGAGACGCUUCCUUCAACUGGUGCCGGAAGAUUGGGAGGCCUUCGAACUUGGCGCAUCUAACAAAAGCCUGAAGAUGACCGAAACAACAAACUAUGCCCAUGGUGGAAGCAUGCUGGACCAUGUGGCAUACUGGUGGCAGCACACUGAAUAUGCAAAGCAGCGCAUGGUGAAAACAUUUGACUCCCUUUCGCAUCUCUACACCGUCCUGAACCAUUUGGAUCCCAAGAUCAUCUGCGAGCGCUUGCACUGGCAGACACGAAGGAAGUUGCGACGGAGCCGAGAGUUCCACCGCAGAUUCCUGCGGGAAGUCUGGCCGUGAAUCCACUUAGUGUAUUUUAAUGGAACCAAAAGACUGGGAACCAAAGAAAGAUAUGAGUGUUCCGUCCCUCUUCACUCAACUUCACAAAUUAUGCCUGCUUUACCACCAAGCCUGCUGAGUAUACCUGAGCACUGAAGCUCUGAGUGAUUUUUGCAUACUUGAGACCCCCUCCUGACCCCUGAAAACAGGGGUCAUACCAAACCAGGCAUUUACGGGACUCCCAAACCGGCGAUGCUUGCAAACCCAUACCCAGAUUGAAUUUGUGUAUUUGGACUCCUUAAGAUUAUGCAAUCCGGAUGAUAAAAUGAUGAUACAGCUUACUGAAA